GGAAAAUAGGGCUUUCGUUUAAUACCGUGACGUAUCAUCGUGUCAGCGGACGGGCAGCUGCUACAGUACAGCACCAGUCUCACAUUGAACAUUGGUGCGUGAAGACGACUUGACGGCCCGUCUAACGGAAACGUACGCGCGAAAACUUUGUUCCAAAUAUAAUUUCCUAACAAAAUUCAAAAUAUUGUUUUAAAACUUUUUCAAUCUGUGCUCUUAAGAAAUAUUUUUAAUUGCGUGCGACUUUUUGUUUUGUUUGAAAAGUUUCGUGAAUUAAUAUUUUGAUUUGAUUUCUUCGGAUCGUCUUAUUGAUUUCAAUCAUCAAUCAAGAAUGAUCGACCAGAUAUAAAAAACAAUGAUCAAUUAUCAUCAACAAUCGAUUGAUUGUUACGAACAAAUUCAAGAAAAAGACAAUUUUUCAACAGUAUGAGAAAAACUGAGCUUCACAUAGAUAUAACAAGCAUAAUAAAAGUUACCAAAUAUGAUAGCAAAACCAAACCUAAAUGGUUUAUGAUGACAAUUUAAGACAAGAAGGAAUUAUGCCGACCGACCUAUGGACAACCGAUAAUCCAACCGUCAAUGCCACAGUCAGCGCAAUCAACGAUGAGUACCAAAAUAUUACAACGACUGACCCGAUUGAAGACAAAGCGAUUCAAGCAGCUUUUUGUACAGCAUACACCAUUAUUUUUGUUGUAGGAAUCUUUGGAAAUGCACUAGUGUGUUACGCAGUUAUCAGGAACAGGGCUAUGCAAACCGUCACUAAUCUCUUCAUCACGAACCUAGCACUCUCUGAUAUACUACUCUGCGUAUUUGCAGUACCAUUUACACCACUUUACACUUUCCUCGGUAGAUGGGUAUUCGGUGGACCUCUGUGCCAUAUUAUGCCUUAUGCACAAGGAUGCAGUGUCUAUAUUUCAACUUUAACUUUAACAUCAAUAGCUAUAGAUAGAUUCUUCGUCAUCAUAUACCCUUUCAAACCUCGCAUGAAGAUCCAAACCUGUAUCUGUUUGAUUGUUUUCAUCUGGGUGUUCUCUCUGUCUGUGACCUUUCCUUAUGGAUAUUACAUGGCCCUCCAAGAUGUGUACUGCGCAGAAAAAUGGCCGUCAGAUCAAAUCCGCAAGGCCUUCGGCGCAGUUACUACAAUAAUGCAGUUUGUAGUCCCGUUCAUUGUUAUGGCUUUUUGCUAUACAUGUGUUAGUAUAAAAUUGAAUGAUAGAUUAAAGUCGAGACCCGGGAGUAAGAAUAGUAAGAAGGAAGAUGCAGAGAGAGAAAGAAAGAGACGAACAAACAGAAUGUUGAUAGCGAUGGUGGCCAUUUUCGGGUUGUCAUGGCUACCGCUGAACCUAAUUAAUAUAAGUAGUGACUUUUAUUCAUUGGCAGAAGACUGGAGGUAUUACAUGGUGUUAUUUUUCGUUGCGCACUUCAUAGCUAUGUCUUCCACUUGUUACAAUCCGUUCCUCUACGCGUGGUUGAACGAGAACUUCAGAAAGGAGUUCAUGCAGAUACUGCCGUGUUUAGGAGCGUUGGUCACUAAGAGGGCUAAGAGGAAAUUCAACCAAUCAGAGAGGACAGGUAUGUUUCGCUCAGAGAAAACUUGUAACGGUAACGAAACCGUGCAAGAGUCACUCUUAACUUCUACUGUUAGUAAGAUCCCCUCAGUUAGGUAUAAAAUAGAAUUCAAUGAUAAAUUAAAGGUGUAUGAAGAUGAUGGCGUAGAAAAUAUAAGUCCAGAUGAGAAGCCAGAGGACAACCCGAGUCCUAACGAAGACUGUGUUAAUAUGUAUAUGUUUGUAGAUAAAACUGUAAAUACUUCGGAUAAGGAACCUAUCGUGUCUGCGCUGUAAAUAUAGUGGCAACACGCUGUAGUGAUCACCGUUCGAAGUAAACAUAAGGCAGUGUCUACAUUAGUGUUUUAAUAUUUAUGAAAGGACA